GUAUCCAUAUAUCGCUAGUCGCUUCAUGUUCGUCCACCAUGCGGUCGGAUAAAUCAUUAGUUUUAACAUUAAUUUGUUGUUUAAUAAAAGUGAAUCCGAAUGCAGCAAAUGCAGAUCAGGAAACGAGUGACUAUGGAAAGGAUGGAACCAAAAAUAAUGGCGUUUCUAAAGGUGGCCGAAUAACAGGAGAAUUAGAUAAAUGUGAACUUAAAAUUGGUAUUAAAGGCAGCACUGAGUUAAACUUAUUAAAAGGUGAAAAGGGAGAAAAAGGAGAUAUCGGUUGGACGGGAAUACCGGGGAACAAUGGCGCAAAGGGAAAUGAUGGAGAAAAAGGAAAUAAGGGUGAUAAAGGUAUCCCUGGGAAUACUGAAAUAGUAAAAAUAAAGGAAAUAUCUGGGGCAAAAGGUGAAAAGGGUGAUAAAGGAGACACUGGUGAAGGACGCCAGGGAUUGGCUGGACCACCAGGACCUCAGGGGGAGCCUGGGACACCUGGAACACCAGGAGAACGGGGUGACCCGGGUUCAAUUGGGCCAAUGGGUCUUCGGGGUGCAGACGGUGCAAAAGGAUCAAUCGGACCUCAAGGUGAAAAAGGAGAGCCAGGAGAGAACUGCGUUUGCGAUAGAAUGACACGUGGAGAAGCAGGAACAAUUCUUGCUGGCUCCCCUUCGAAUCCAGCUAAUACCUGUCUUGAUAUUGAUUCACGAGAUAAUGGUAAGUUUACAAUAAAUCCUUUGAACAAGUUCGAUGUCUAUUGCGAUUUCAAUAAAGGUCGCAUAUGCCUUUUAACAGACAACGAACCACGGACGGAGAUUAAAGAAUAUCACUUUUUAGGGAAACCUUUUUUACUAAGCGAAGUUGGAUUUAAAGCGAAUACAUUAUAUGGCUUAACACUACCCCAACUAGCAUACCUAAAUUCAUGGACUGUGGGUGGCUUUGAGAAGAUUAGAAUCUACUGUAACGAUACUGUAGUACAUUCAGAAGAGACUCCAGAUAUGUCUAUGCAAUUGCUGCUUUGGAAUGAUAAUUUGAUUGGUCCAAGUCCAUCUCCUCACACUCCAUAUUAUUAUAAGGUUACCAAAGACUUGUGCAAGGAUAAAGAAAAGUAUGCGGAUGUAGAAGUGUCAUCAGACACCAAUACGCGUUUACCAGUUAUAGAUUUUUAUAUCAGAGACCCGAAGAAAUCCGCUUCAAUAUCUCUACAGCUGUUGGAACUUUGUUUUAACUUCGUAUUACCUGAAUCUGAAUCCUGAAUCUUUACUAUAAGUUUAUAACUUCAUCGAUAUAACUGGAAACACGAUUUCCCGCCGUUAUUUUAAAGGAAGAUUAUAUUUUGAGUUUCUGUAAUGUCAAUUCAAGUACAGCGUCGUAACCUUUUACCGUUUAUAGUGUGUUAAGUUUAUAUGUACAUUAUUAUUUUAGAUAUUCAUGUAAUAAAUAAUGUUAAAAAUACCGCUGUGGAAUUACACAACUUGUUUCCACCAUCGCCAUUCCUCCAUCGGUCGUCAGGCACAGACCACUUUAUGGUGGACGUUCCAUGUACCCGAGCUAAUCGGUUCGACUCUACAUGCUUCAUUCGAACCACAAGGGACUGGAACAUGCUUCCUGAGUCUAUAUUUCCUGACGGGUAUAAUCUAGGGUCCUCAAAGGUACCAAAGUUGUACAGGUAUCUUCUAGGGAAGCGCGCUCCAUCUUGGACUACAUCUAGGCUUAUCAGCUGGCGAGGCGAGGUAGUCAAGCGCUUCCCUAUCACAAAAAAAAAUAAAAAUAAUGUUGCUUAAGUAUAUAGUAAAUGUAGAUCUAUCGGAAAAUUAGUUACGCUUUAUGGAGCAUCCCAGUUAUUCUCUUGAUGAUCCAACAUUGAUUCUGGGUAUAUUAUGCGCUUCUUUUCUGAAGAUGUUUUCUAAUAAAAACGUAGUUGGAUUUAUUUGUACUUUUGAUAUUCUGAUUAUAUAACGUUAUUGGUUACAUAAACAAGAAUUGCUCGCUUAAAUAGUGAAUAAAUUACUCUUUA